AUGCCGAGUUCUAUUUUUGUUUUAUUUGCUGUGGCUCUUCUGAUAAGCAUUGAAUCUAAAGUGGAUGCUGAUUGUUAUGCGGAAUCUGAUGCCGCUUUAACUUGUCCGCUCGAUUAUAUUUACAAAAGCGAAGACAUCUCUUUAAAGAUGAGUGCACAGGUGGGGGAAGCAAUGUGUCGUCCUCUCACUGACAUGGAAUGCUUAGAGAAGUACAGUAAUUUGACGGUGUUCAGCCAUGAAAUCCAACGUUGUACAUGGACUCUCCCGAUUGGUGUAACACUUCCGAAACUUCAGAGUGUCCCUAUUGCCGAUGUUGGUCCCAAUCGAUGUGCGCUCAUCCGAUUGCUGCACACGAUGCUCUCCACAAUGCAACCAGAAGGAAUUCGUGUUCUUCCUUUGGCAAUAGACGGAGGAGUUGUCACCCCUCUGCGUUGUGGACGUGUGGAUUUGCAACCUUGGUCUAUGGUGAAUAAGGUCACUGAAAGUGCUCCUGCAUUACUCGUGGGAACAGGUGCUGUUCUAUCUGUGCUUAAUGAAGAGGGUCGACUGCAACGCGGUUUGUCCACUCCCAUGUGGGUUGUCCCCAUUAUUGUUAUUCUCAGUGUCCUCGGUGCUGUUGGCCUGGUGGCAGUGGCUGCUCUCGCCUGGCGGAUACACAAUGUUGCGCGAACCGCACCUCCCACCAGUACUGUCAGUACUCUCAGUGUUGUCAGUGCGGCGACAGAGUCCCAGUGCCACUCAUCUCGUCUCCGGGACAGCGCGGUCUCGCGCACCUUGACGGCCUCUUCCGCGAGUGCAGACACACAGCGACCGUCAUGCUCGUCAGUUCUAUCUGCGCAGAGCCUUUCUCCAAUGAACAGCACCAUAACUAUGCACUUGACUCCCAAAGAAAUUAAAUCAGGGAACGAAUUUCCCCGGCUUGGAUAG